AUUUGUGCACUUAUAUGUGACUGAUAAUUCUCAGUUUGUUGAAGUUUUCUAUUGUGAAGUGAAUAUUCAGCCCCCAUUUUCUUAUUUAGGUAUACCAGAAAAGGGAAUACCUUAUAAAAUUAUUUCUAAGUCCAUAUCUAAAAAUAAAACUUAGUUCAUUUAUUUAAAUAAUAAAAAAAAUAUUAUAGUGAACGAUAUUAUUCACAUUGAGAAAAGUUAUAUUAUGAGAAAUCCCAGUACCCUGUAAUAUUUCCCUGAACCCCAUUAUUUGCUUUGUGAAUACAAGGACAGGCAAUGUUAGUCACUCAAUGUCUAGUCUUAGGUAGUUUUAAAAGUUUUUUCUUGUUUCGAUCAGAAACUGAUAACGCUUCCCACUAAUGGAAAUUUUAAGGGUGCACAGGCAUCAUCUCGAUAAAUAUUUGGGGUAUAUGUUGAGGAGCUGUAGAAAACAAAGGCGCCAGCUGAUAAAUUGAUAAGAGGGAUCAAGGUCUCAAAGGUCCGGGAUAGUUUGCUGUUAUAUAAAGACAGGAACUUAAAAUUACCAGGCACUUUGUGACUAGCGACGAACAUAAAGCGUCUUCAAAAUGGUCAAAUACAUCGCUGUUGUUCUUGUAGCAAUUGUUGCUCUCCAGGCCGCUUUAGUCUCAGCUAGAGCUACCGCACCAGCUGAACCAAAUGUCUUCGAUACUCUCGCUGCUGACGCACGUAAAGCCGUCAAGGACUUCGCUGAUGCAACUGGAUUGAGCAGCUUAUCUUCCGAAAAAGUAAUUAGCACCAUUGAAACUGACGCUAAAAAGGUCGCUGCCAACCUUGAUGCCUUCGUCGAAAAAGUCAAGAAAGAUCUCGAUGCCAAAAAACCAGAAAUCGAAAAAGUUCUCAAAUCUGUUGAAGCUGAAUUGACCAAAACUUCUGAUUCUUUGAAAAAAUUGGUAGGACCUGACACUACUAAGAAAGCAGAAGAACUCAAAAAGACUUUCGACAAGAACUUGAACGAAGCCAUUGAACAAGUCAACAAGGUCGUUAAAGCCGUCGAACCUGACGCACAAAAGCUCAAAGCUGACAUCGAAGCCAGUGGCCAAGUUGUAUUGAAGUCAAUCGUUGAUGGAACCAAGAAAAUCGAAGCAGCUGUCAAAGAAACUGUAAAAAAUUAAGCAAUUACUCUUGUAAAAAUUCAAUAAACCUAUUUUCCUAAAUAA